AUCAAUGCCCAAUGGGUUCCAAAAACCCAAACGUUACGACAAUUUUGCUGUCUAUAAAGUUCAUAUAAAUAAUCCUGAGCAGCGAAAUAUAAUCAACAACCUGCUGAAUCUAGCAAAUCAAUAUAAUUUAUGGCACAAUGGCCGCUCGGAGAUUCACAUAAUGGUCAAUCCUAAAGCGCUGGACAAUUUUAAAGGAAUAACAAGGCAAGAAGGUUUGGUGACGGAAUUGUUAAUCCUAAAUGUGCAAGCACUCAUUGAUGCUGGAAGAAGUCACUAAUUAGCGAUGAAACCGACCUCUAAAAAUGAAUACAGAAUAAGAAAUAUAGAAUACACAAAUAUAUAAUGCACAUUUAUUUGAAUAAAGCUUCACUUUAUAGUAAAGAUAAUGAAACCUA